GCGCUGGGCUCGUAGAGCAGCUUCUGGGCCGCCCAAUGAACGAGCGAGUUUCCGUGGUUAGGGGCGUGGCAGAAGCCGUCGUCAGGGGCGUGGCGGCAGUUGCUUGGGCGGGGCCGGUAGCGGCGGGAGCUGCGCUGGCCAGGGGUUCCGGCUGCAUUUCCAUGAGCGCCGCCGGCAGCCGCGGAGCUGAGGGAACAGGACUGACGGCGAGCUGGGCCGCUGUAGUCAACCACGCACAGCUUUUAGAUUAAUUCCAAGAAGAGAUCUGCCCUGACCGGCCCAGCCACACAACUGGCUCUUCAAGAUCAGUUCAUAUUGGCAGUGGAGAGGAACAGGCGACACAGAUCAAGAUGAAUGCCAUGCUGGAGACCCCCGAGCUCCCGGCCGUGUUUGACGGGGUGAAGCUGGCCGCUGUGGCCGCUGUGCUGUACGUGAUCGUCCGGUGUUUGAAUCUGAAGAGCCCCACAGCCCCGCCUGACCUCUACUUCCAGGACUCGGGGCUCUCGCGCUUUCUGCUCAAGUCCUGUCCUCUUCUGACCAAAGAAUACAUUCCACCGUUGAUCUGGGGGAAAAGUGGACACAUCCAAACAGCUUUGUAUGGGAAGAUGGGAAGGGUGAGGUCGCCACACCCAUACGGGCACCGGAAGUUCAUCACCAUGUCUGAUGGAGCCACUUCGACCUUUGACCUCUUUGAGCCCUUGGCUGAGCACUGUGUGGGAGAUGACAUCACCAUGGUCAUCUGCCCUGGAAUUGCCAAUCACAGCGAGAAGCAGUACAUCCGCACCUUUGUCGACUAUGCCCAGAAAAAUGGCUAUCGGUGUGCUGUGCUGAACCACCUGGGUGCCUUGCCCAACAUUGAACUGACUUCGCCACGCAUGUUCACCUACGGCUGCACCUGGGAAUUUGGAGCCAUGGUAAACUACAUCAAGAAGACAUAUCCCCUGACCCAGCUGGUGGUCGUGGGCUUUAGCCUGGGUGGUAACAUCGUGUGUAAAUACUUGGGGGAGACCCAGGCCAACCAAGAAAAGGUCUUGUGCUGCGUCAGCGUGUGCCAGGGCUACAGCGCACUGAGGGCCCAGGAAACCUUCAUGCAGUGGGACCAGUGCCGGCGCUUCUACAACUUCCUCAUGGCAGACAACAUGAAGAAGAUCAUCCUCUCCCACAGGCAAGCUCUUUUUGGAGACCAUGUUAAGAAACCCCGGAGCCUGGAGGACACAGACUUGAGCCGCCUGUACACGGCCACAUCCCUGAUGCAGAUCGAUGACAACGUGAUGAGGAAGUUCCAUGGCUAUAACUCCCUGAAGGAAUAUUACGAGGAAGAAAGCUGCAUGAGGUACCUGCACAGGAUUUAUGUACCCCUCAUGCUGGUGAAUGCAGCUGAUGACCCCCUGGUGCAUGAAAGUCUUCUAACCAUUCCAAAGUCUCUUUCAGAGAAACGGGAGAACGUGAUGUUUGUGCUGCCGCUGCACGGGGGCCACCUGGGCUUCUUUGAGGGUUCCGUGCUGUUCCCCGAGCCCCUGACAUGGAUGGAUAAGCUGGUGGUGGAGUACGCCAACGCCAUUUGCCAGUGGGAACGUAACAAGUUGCAGUGCUCUGACACGGAGCAGGUGGAGGCCGACCUGGAAUGAGGCGCCCCAGACUCUGGCACUCUCCAGCUGCCCUCCUCUGGAACUCAUGUCCCUCACCGGCUGUUUCAGGUCUCCCAUCUCCCUCAAUGACCUGGAUCUGACCUCACCAUCAGCGGGGGCAACCCACCAGACACACCUAUCUUGAAGUAGGUGGCUGUCCCUGGGGGCUCCAGGCUAUUUUUGUGCUUAAUUACUGGUUUUCUCCAUUGCUUUGUUAGCCACGGUGACAAACAACAGGGUUCUCACCCUCCUGUCCAGUUUCAGCAUCUGAUUGCUUUCAAGCCAAUUACAUCUAGUUUCCCUAUUAAAAAUGUGUCUGGACAGCAGUUUUGCUUUGCCAAUCAAAAGGCUUUUCCCCAAGAGCAGUGAAGGAUGUGUGUUAUUUUGUGGUGGUUUAGAUGUGUCCUUAUGUAGACCCUAAAAAGAGCCAAUGCCAUAGAUGAGGUUCAGCUUGGGAGCCCGAAGCCCUGGCCUCCCAGGCCAGAGUGUGGCCUCCAACAUGGCAAAGAAGAUUCCCUUGAGUCACGAGCCAAGUUUCUUCCUCACUCUUUUCUAAGACAGUUUGCCCACACGUUGCUGAUGACGAGAGUCACCUGGGGCGCUUGUUAAAAAUUCAGCCUCCCAGGUCCCUCCCCUUGAAGAAGCUGAUUCAGUGGGUCUGGGAAGGGGUCUGGGGAUUUUAAUUUUUGACAAGUGCCCCAUGUGAUUCUCAUCACCAGGCAAAUCUGAGAAACACGGUUGUGCGGGGCCUUUAGAAACAUCUCAGUAACUCGUUUUAUUCAAAUUCAUGGUCGGAGGUGUCUCUCAGCUCCCAGGAGCCUCCAAAGCAGCAAAACCUGUCAAGUGCAGCUGCCCUAGUGUGAUCUUAGUGUGACGUCCCAGAAAGGGCCUGGGUGGGGUGAAGACUUUGGGCUGAGGCUCUGCUUCUCACUGGCUAUAUGACCCUGGAAAAGUCCCUUUGAAGUUUAGUUUUUUCACCUGUCAAAUGGGGGACUUGGACCAGGUAGAUUGCCGAGAUCACUACCAGUUCUAAAGUUCAAUGACAAACUCAGUUUACUGAGGUUUGAGAGAACAUCCCUCCAGUGGACCCUGGGAGCUAUUCUAAGCUUGUAGAUGUCACCACUUGCCUUUCUUUUCUUUUUCUUUUUUGUCCCUCACUUCAUAUAAAGAGGUUUUGGGGUGUUUUUUUUUAAGCACUCAGUUAUAAUUUUAUUGUUUUUUUAACCCAGACCUCUCUCACACCUGCUUUUGAUACCAAACAAUUCAAAAGUUGGAUCUGAGUUUGGAGAAAUAUCUUUCCAACUGAAGACGGUGUGAUCUUGAAACCAGAUUUUUAAUUUAAUAGCUUAUAUCUGUAGUCUGUUCGCUAGAGCUUUCCAGAGUGUGUCUUCUCAAAUGAAAAGUCACUCCAGGUUUCAAGUACUCCUAUCCUCCAAUCCUGUGGUACUUGAAUAUCUAAAAACCCGGCACUUUGAAAAAUUAGCUAUCUGGAACUAAACAGGAUUAUGAGUGAAAUGGCCUAGAUACUUUAAAAAAAUUUUUUUUGUUCUUGCUUCCUCUCCUUUACUCUAGGACAGACAGGAAUAUAAAUAGUGGGUCUGUGUGUGCAUGUCUAAAGGGUAAAGGGAGCCACCUGAGGGCCUGGAGGCCACCCCUCAUGGCCACGGGUGGAUGUAGUUUGGGCAUCAGUCCAAGUCAUGUGACAGUAAUGUCUGUAACCCGAAGAAGUUGUUUUCUGACAAUCACCAGAUCGUUCUAACUAGUAACAUCAAAAACAGCCAUUAUCUGAAAAGAUUGAGACUCUGUGGUCUCCACUUUGCUUCGGUACAAUUUCUCACACACACCAAAUUCAUCAUUGUGACUUCCUCCCUAAGUUGUUAUUUUUCAAGUGCAUUUCUUUUUCAUUUCUUUCGGCACAAAUUGGCACUUUAUCAUCUACCCCUCAAUUUGGAAGCUAGUCCCUCCCCUCUGUUACUGUUCCCUCCAACCAACAACCACAGCUGUAAUCUAGAAGAUUCAUCGUCCCAUUUCCAUUACUACCUUCAUGUCUUGAGACUUUUUUGUGAAAUUAGGUAUACGAAGCAAUAAAUCAGUGGGGUUGAAUCACCAUCCCAGGAGGCAAGAGGCUCCUUUUCAUUUGCCUUAGGUCUCAUCUCUUAUCUAUUCUGACAAAGUAGUGGCCAGGUACCAGCUCCAUUGAGAAGACGACAGUGCUGUUGUCACACACAUGGCAGGGCAGGGGCAGAAGUCCUUGGAGCCUGGUCUGCACGGCAGUUCUGAAGCCCACGGAGGAGAGGCAGGGCUCAAGGCAUAGCUUUUGUUGCUCCACAACCGGAAUUUACCCCGCAGUUCUGUGGGGGCCGUGUCCCAGCUGAAAUCUUUUUAGUGUGUGAGUCUGAAUGGCCCUUGCAUUCCAUUUUGGCUCACAUGAAAUCAACUGAAGCCCUUUUGUUCAAGCUUCAGGGUCUCAGGCAUGGCAAUGAGAGUAUAACUGUGGCUAUCUUAACAGGAAAAUUCUUGUUCGUCCCUGAAUGGGAGCAUAGAGGCAUUGAAUUUACAGAGAUGCAAGCUCGCCUAAUAAACAAGGAAGCAUCAUUUUAUAUGUAGGUCAGCUUUUUCCUUCCUCCCGCUUUCUUUGCUUUUCUUCAUAAAGUCAUUCCUUUCUGAUGAUAACGUGAGAGCUCUUCUUGCAAUCAAGGUCCUAUUUGGGCUCAAACAAGGCUGAAUUGUCAGAGUAUUUGAACAUUAUAUUUUAAAAUCAGAUGAAGGAUAUAAAUUGCAGGAGCCUAGACAAUUGUAUCGCAGGAAGAACAUGUUUUAACAUGUCUCUGGGUUGUACUCCCUGCCUCUAAACAGUAUGAAAGCAAUGAUGAUUAGCUGAGCCCAAAUGAGGAUUGUCUGACUUGAAAAAUGGUCUCAAGUCUCCAUGAUGCGUUGAUGUUAAUAGGGAGUUUAACAGACUUGAAGAAAACCUCUUACCUUUCCUGCUGUGAGUUUACACCAGUCAGUCCAGGGCAGAAUGAAAGCAGAAAGUUGUUUGCUGUCACUAUAUUCUUUGAACCCCGCUGCAGUGUUUACACACGCUGUAAGAGUGGGAAUAUGCCUGUAAGGGGAGCAUUCCUUUCCUGAUGCGGUGUGAUGGAACCAGGGUCCAGGAGACCCAGGUUCUUGUCCUAACUGUCUCUAAUUCACACUGGGUUGUGGGCAAUCACCUCACCUCCUUCACCUCUCUGAACUCCAGUUACCUCAUCUUAGACCAUCUCUUAGUCCACUUCAUCUAUUUACACAUCAUUUGCCGGAACAUUCCCACUUGCCUUCUACAGCCCUUGCAAGUGGAAACAGAUAUGUCAAGGCCUCGGGCUUAUCUUGAGAGGGGACUUGAAGAGGGAGUUACUGCUUUGAGCCUUCGUUGCUGAAGACCCUUGAUUUUGCCCAAAGCCCCGUGUCUCUGACUGGCUUCUCUUCAGAGCCUCCACUGUCAUCUCAGUAUCCCUUCUGUGCCGAGGGUGGUCUUAUGACUGGGACAGGUGCUGACCGUUGGAACGAGCCAAAUAUCCCCAUCCUUCUGUGUGACUCAGGCAAGCAUUGAGAGUUCCCAGGGCAGAAAUCCUUCCUGCUCAGGCUUUCAUUCGAAAACUACGGUCUUCAUUAAAGCUGAACUUUCUGGGUAGCUGCGCUUAUAUGCCUGGCAUCUGAAUGAGAGCUCUCUUUGUCGCUGUGUGGCUUGAGAUCCAUCUUGCCAGCUCCGGGGAAACAAUACGUGUGUUCUUGUUUGUGUUUGCCAGACAAGCAGAUGUCUGAGAUGUGAGAGGCUUUUGUUUUCCCUGGGCACCGGUUCUGACCUGGAGCUAAAGUAAAGAUCACUGAAACAUCACGUUGAGUUAAAAGAAUUCAGGUCCUUGUCCUCUAAGGCAGGACAGGAGAGUUAUUAAGAAGCAUUUCCCUGCGGCAUCCACUCACAAUAUCAUCUGGGAUUGUUUUCUUUGCCCAGAAAGCCUUAACUCGCCUCUAGAGUAUCCCCUGGUAUUACAACAAUACUGUGGCUUUGGAAUUCAAUUCUUCUGCUGUAGAUGUUUGAGGCAAAGCCACAGCAAAACCAGAGAAUUCCUUCAUGUGGCCUGUACGCUCCUUGUUAACGUUAGACCCCCUCAACCCCCUCAACAAUAUGAGUGACCCCAAACUGGCCAAACACCUCGUCUCUGAUGCCUUUCUUCCUUCGUGGCCUCAUUCUGUGUUCAAAACCACUUUGGAUUCAUUGGAUGCUUCAAAAAGCCAUGAAAAGUGGCCUGCCUGUGGCAUUUAGAGGCCCAGCAGUCGAGGGAAAGGUUUCCUCCUCCCUCUAUUAGCAGAGGGAAGUGCCCCCGUCUUUGUAAACUCUGACUGCUUUUGCCAAAUGGCGUUUGCAGGGGAACUGGUCCCUACUGGCAGUGAGAACUGGAAUGCUAUCCACAAUGAAAGCUCCCUCCUCACUGCUGCCACUGCCUGCGGAUGCUGCAGCCUGGGCAUCCCCACCGUGUGGCCCUUGGAAGCAGGCUGCAGAGCCCAGCUUGCCAGCCAUUCUCAGACCCCAGGCAGUAGACAGCUGCCCCUUUUGAAGGAGUCAGGCCCACCCACACACCAUGUUUUCUAAACCAAUUUUCCUAGCAUGUAUGUGGGUAAAAUGUUCAUAUAUGAAUGAAUAAGCUGAAGUUAAUUUCUAACCAGUGGAUUAAGUCUUUUAACUCAACUCCUGCCAAUCAGUAAUGACAUCUGUUAACCUACCUUCUCCCCCUUCUGGACCCCAUCCGCCAAGAAAUCUAUCGCCAUAAGUUGGGGACAGUCCCCUGAUAGCACCUGCAGAAAUACCGUUCAUCUCCACGGGCAUUCUCCUUCCAGACCACCCACAGUUACCCAGAGUAACUGCUGAGCCCUCAGUCCCAGCGCCAGCCACUUGCUUCCCAGGCUGCGUGCGUGGGUGGACCAAGUUCCUGGUGUAGGAGUUAGGUUUUGUUUGGUUUUUGUUUUGGCCUCCUUGGUUCAUCCUAAAGCACAAGUCCAUGUAGAAUCCUGUCACCUCUCCGCACCAGUUCAGAUGAUCUGGGUCUCUCCCACUGCCUCAGGAAGACCUUCACUGUACCUGAGCUUUUGACUUCUGCCACUGCAGCUGCCUUAGCGACACCAGGGGUUGGGGGGUGCGUUGGAGGGGGAGGCCAGUUUGCAUCUCCCCCUUUCCUGGUUAGACUCCCAUUAACCACAUUCUUCUGUUGGUAGAUCUGCUUGCAGAUUGAUUUUUGAGAACCAUCACUUUCACAUUCCUAAUUUAUGUUUGUUUUGUUUGAUUUCGUUUUGGGGGAUUUUCUGAAACUUCAAAUGCUGCCCUGAAGAUGAUGUAGUUUUGAGUUUGUGUUCUGAAAGCCUCCGUGCUGCUGGAUUUAAUGGGGGCAUGGGGGAAACAGGGGAUCCUCCAGCACCGAGGUGUUUAAGAUUUGCAACUAGCAAUGCAAUUUUUUCUAAAUAUGAGGAUAUUUACCUUUAUUAAGAAAUGAUAAUAAACAAUCAAGGUGUCCUUGAUCAUUUUAUGUUCUCAUAUUACUUUCGGUUCUAUUUUGAUUCCAUGUGGUGGUAAACAAAGAUCAUUACAAACAAAAACUGUAAUUUUGUUAUCUUUGAUUCAAUGGAAUUUCUUUACUUAAAAAAAUAAAAGACUAAAAAUGUA